AUGGGCCCAGGUUUCUCGCUCUUGGGGAUGAUUGUCGGGGUGUUGUCCAUUCUCUACUAUGCAAAACAAACGCAGAGAAUGACGGGCCUCAAAUUCGACGCAGAGUUCUGGGCGGUUGCCGGACCGCUGAUUGCCAUCCGACCGCCAAAGGGGCCUGCCAAUGCGUUGGAGCUCCGAGCCAGCGUCAACGCAGGUCUUUCGGCCAUGUUUAAAGACGCGCUGCCGGAGAGUAUAACAGAGACCAAGCAUGCGGUCAAGUCAUUCGACGGCGAGACGAUUGCGCUUCACCAAUUCACGCCGAGCACAAACGAAACCACAGCCACAAGCAAGCAAGCGGCAUUCAUAUACGUCCAUGGAGGAGGGAUCGUGGGAGGAAAUAUCGAACCAUACAGCCGGCCGCUCGCCGCGAAAGCCGCCCUGGAAUCCGGGGUUCAGAUGUUCGCCGUCGAGUACCGUCUAGCUCCCGAGUAUCCAUAUCCGACACCCGCCGAGGAUUGCUAUGCCGCUCUAAAGUGGCUGAGUGAGAAGGCAGGCGACCUGAACAUUGAUGCGUCUCGCAUAGGCUUGUACGCGUUGAGCGCCGGCGGCGGCAUAGCAGUGGGAGCAGCGAUGAUGGCGCGGGAUCGGGGCUUGUCGCCACCCCUAGCAAAGCAGAUCCUCAUCUACCCGAUGCUAGACGACAGGACCAGAGUUACAGCAGAGAAUCCUCUUUCAAAGUUUCUCACCUGGACGGACAGGUCAAAUCAGAUUGGCUGGAACGCAUACCUCGAGGGCAAGGCCGGAGAGCCAAGCAUACCGCCGCAAGCGUCACCAGGACGAGCGACUGAUGUCGCAGACCUCCCCUAUACGUACAUUGACAUCGGCGGGGUUGAUUUAUUCUGUGCCGAGGCGGUGGCAUUUGCAAGCAAGCUUGCAUCAGCCAAUGUGCAGAUGGAGUUGCAUGUUUACCCUGGCCUCCCUCACAUCUUCGAUCUCUUCGCCCCUACAAUAGGACUCACGCAACUUGCUAGAGAAAAUAGGCUUAAAGCGGUCAGGAGUCUUUGA